AUGGCUAGGAGGCGAGGAUCAAAGCGCACGAUCGAAGAGAGAGCGCUGGAUGAGGCAGCAUCACCACAUUCCCAACUCUGGACCUGCAUCAUGGAGCUUUGGGCCUGGGGCGUUCUGUCAAGCCCAAUUGUGCAAAAGCUGGCGCAAGCAGCCCGCCGGAGCGGCUGCUCUGCCCACGACAUCGACACGUUGGCGCAGCUAGGUGCCAGCGGUGCGCACGAAGGCAACUGCCACCGGGACUUACUGCGCGCGUACGCUGCCCGUUGCGUGACCCCGGCGCUAUCGCCGGUGACUUGCCCAACGAAGGUCAGAGCGCCGGAAGGCGCGGCAACGCUCGACACUCAGCAAGCAGUGCUGCCUGCUUCCCACAGCCUUGCUGGGCUCGGACGCAGAGCGCGCAAUCUUCUGGGCCGCCCAGAAGGACUCGCCUCGCGCAACGGGCGUAGGCUACUACCAUGUCCCCAUGCGGAGCACGAUUCCAUCGUGUCAGUGAGCUUCCGGAGCCUCUUGGCGCACCAGUGCGACAUCGCAGAGAGCAUGUUUCUCCGCCAUGCCCAAGCCUUGGUAGAAGAUCUCAAUCGUUUGGCCCACGGGCUGGACCACGACGGCUCCGCGCUGCCUCUCAGAGCUGUAGUGUGGGUUGUCUCUGGCGACUACGAGCAUAUGGCCAACGAGUAUGGCCUCCCGCACUGGACGAGCCUUGCCUGCUUCUGGUGCUCUGCGCCAAAGGAGCACUUCUUCGCCUUUGCUGACAUCCCAGCUUUGACGCGGUCGGCUGAAGACAUGCUGGACCAGGAUGCGCUGGACCAUCCACUCAAAGCUUUGACCAACUACUCUCCAUGCAUGUUUGCCAUCGACACCCUUCACUGCGUGGACCUCGGAGUGGCAGCCCACGUCUACGCCAACGUGUUCCAUGAGCUCACACAGGAGUGGCCAGAAACUAAGGCGGCCAGCCUGAGCAGACUCAACAAAGAGCUGCGGUCGCACUGCGUUGCAGUCGGGUCGCCCGCGCCGCCGCUGCUGCGAUACGAAAACUUCGCGCCACGGUCCGGCGAGUACCCGAAGUUGCGCCACAUGAAAGGUGCCGCAAUACGCCGCUUGGCGCCAGCUGUGCAAGCCCUUGCUGCCGCAUAUGGGCGCGGAAGCGCGCAUCGCAAAAGGAGGGCUCGCGUGGCCGCCUUGCUGCGCGCAAUCUAUGACUCGACUUCCUGCCGACUUGUCAUGCCAGCAGCCAAGCACGCGGAGUUUGCCCGCGUGCUGACGGAGUUCCUGGAAGAGUAUGCCAAGCUAGCCACCUCCUGCAGGGGUAACGGAUGGCACGUCGUCUUCAAGUUUCACAUGCUCAGGCACUUAGACGAACAGUCUAAGCACUUGAGCCCGCGGUUUGUGUGGACAUACACAGGAGAAACUUUUAUGUCGUUCAUGUGCCAAAUCGCCAGCUCUUGCUCGCGGGGCACGCCUGGCCGACUGCUUGGCGUCAAAGUGCUGCAGAAGUACCGGGUCGCUCAGCAUCUCAUGCUAUCGCAGCAGAUCCCCACGCGCUCACGGUUUCCAGUUGAUGAACUCGACGAACUCGAAGAUUGA